AUGGAUAGGUUAUGCCGACCUUGGAAGAAUGCUCUGAUUAUUAAGCUCUUGGGCAGGUCUCAUACUUAUAAUUAUUUACAUGAUCGAUUACACCAAAAAUGGAGUUUGAAAGGAGAGUGGAAAUUGAUAGAUUUGGUGAAUGAUUAUUUUGUGGUAAAAUUUGAGCUUGAGGAGGACUUAAAUUUUGUUCUCACUGGUGGUCCUUGGAUAAUAGCUAGUCAAUAUUUAGUCAUGCAAAAAUGGAGGCAUGGCUUCUGUCCAGCUACUGCACAUAUCACUCGAAUGGUUGUUUGUCUUCGUGUCUCUGCUAUUCAACUUGAGUGUUUUGAUGUUUGGUCGUUGAAACGAGUUGGGAAUUUAUUGGGGAAAUUGUUAAAGAUUGAUUCUCUUACCACUGCUCAAAAUAAGGGCAAGUUUGCUUGGAUGUGUGUGGAAUUAGAUCUCACUAAGCCUUUAGAUGCUUUCGUCCAAAUCAACCAUAACUGGUAUAACAUAGAGUAUGAGGGGCUGCCAGAUAUAUGCUAUCUAUGUGGGAGGUAUGACCGUAAACGAGAGAAGUGUGAAGUGAAUGUUAAAGAUGUUGAAACUGUUAAUGGUGAGACUACUAUUGCCAUGGGUGCUAAUGUUGAGGGGAGUAGUUCGGUGGGAAUUAACAGGGCUCACUAUGAGUCUGACCAGAGCUUGAGAGGGCCAUGGAUGAAUGUUCUCCCUAGGCGUAGGCCUCAGUCUAAUUUUAAGGGAGUGGGAGGCAAGGAUUCUGGGGUAAAAAAUAAGGGCUUAAGGUUUGAUGCUCUUAGGCAAGUUGGUGAGAAUUUUGGAAAGGAUGAGGGGAAUAUUGAUGAGUUUUUUUAUCAGACUGGUAACAGACGAAUGCAGCCUUUCUUGACUGAUUUGAAUAUGGGAAAUAAGGUUUGGACAAAGUCUAAGAGUAAAAAGUCUGUUGCAAGGCAGGCUUUGGAGGAUAUUUCAAACAAGAGCUUGCAUGUGAAGAAUCGUGUGAAGGAAAAUCGAAGGGUGGGAUUUCAAGGCAAGAAAAGUGUUGCUGCUGGUUCUCUACCUGAGCAAUUUGCGAGUUGGGGUAGUGGACAACCAGUUCAAAAGGAAAAAGGGUUGUAUAUCUUUGGGCAUCAGCCACCCAAUAUAGGGGAGAUGGCUACUAGUAGGGAUGACAACUCUGGUUAUGACAGUGAUGAUGAAGUGCUAAUCCCUUCUGAUAGUAAGCGUUUGGAUCCCAUAGAGAAAAUGGACUUUUCGGAAGGACACGUUAGUUCACAUGUGGACACUUGGCAAGUAAUACCUUCAAGCCUGGUGAAGCCUCGUAUAAGUGGAGCAAAGGCUAUUUCUGUAGUUAAGUCUCUCGACUUUCCUUGCUUUGAAAUUGUUGACGCUGUGAGGUUCUCUGGUGGAUUGUGGCUGUUAUGGGAUGAUUCUGGAGUUCAUGUAGAAGUUGUUGGCACCUCUGAUCAAACGAUUUCUGUUUGUGUGGCUUGCAAUGGUCAAGACCCUUGGCUUUUUACUGGUGUUUAUGCUAGUCCUAAUGCUGUCAAGCGAGCAAAAAUGUGGGACUAUCCUCUGUUGCUGCAAAUUGUGGAGCAUAGAGACCUGACAUUACCUAAGUUGUUCCCUGUUAUUGAUUCGGCUGAUUUGGAGUUGCUUGAGAAGGAAAUUGAUAUGGCUGAGAUUAAGCGAAGUUUGUUUGGGAUUGGAGGUUUGAAAGCUCCUGGUGUAGAUGGGUUUCCAGCUUGUUUCUACCAAGCUCAAUGGAAUAAAUGUGCUGAUGAUAUUUUUGCAAUGGUGACUCAAGCUUUUAAGAAGUGCAACAUCCCUGACAAGCUGAAUUACACUUUAAUAACUUUGGUGCCUAAAGUGCAAAGCCCCCAGUCUAUGGUCCAGUUUAGGCCUAUAAGCUUAUGCUAA